AAAAAUUCAGUUGAUCAUUUUUCAUUCCAUCCAUCCUCUCGUUCAUAAUAAUCUUUGUGAGUAUUUUGUUAUCCUUAAUUAACAAAGAUGGCAAAAAAAUUUGAAUCACCCACCUCUAAUCUUCACAAUUCUGGUUCUAAUCACAAUGCCAAUUGGUCAAUGUAGGGUUUUCCACCCCAAUGAUGAGACAUUAAUUCAUUCCACAUGCCACAAAACACUAUAUCCGAAUCUGUGUGUCCAAAUCCUCAAUUCAUAUCCAAGUAGCAGAAAUGUUGAUAGCAGAGGACUAGCACUAAACAUGGUUGAUUUCAUAAAAUUAAGAUCAAUUAUUGUAUUGAACAAGAUUCAUCAACUCCAACAAGAGGCUACUGGUAAAUUUAAGGAUGCCUUGGAUUCAUGUAUUGGCCAUUACAAUGACAGAAUCUUGAAGGGUGAUGUGCCACAAGCCAUUAGUGGAAUUGAGGCUAAUAACCCUAAAUUUGCUGAAAGUGCUGUUGCUGAUGCAGUUAUUGAAUCUUACCUUUGUGACGAAGGGUUCAAUAACGGUAAUUCACCAUUAAUCAAUGAAAACAAGGCUGUGCGUGAUGGGGCAAAUAUUGCAAGAGAUAUUAUUAUAUUCCUGGAUUAGAUGCUCAAAAAUUAAAUAUUGUAAUAAUGUUUGAAUAAAAUGUUGAUUA